UUUACGUCGCGGUGUGGUGUUCAAACUGAAUCAUGGAAAGAAAUUGGAGAAAAAAUCUAACAGUCCUGGUGUUAUUUACGCCCCUUUGUGUUGCAAUAUAGAUUUAUCGAAUCCAAACAAACGUAAGUGAAAUCAUGUUGUAUGCAUUGCUGGUGCAAACUCGAUUACAAUUGGCUAAAAACCUACGGGCAAUUCUCAAUGUCUUUAGGUAAAAAUUGUCUGUAGGUAACGUAAUGCGUUGGUAUUGGUUUGGCUCUUUUGUUAAUAAACAUGCUAUCUAUAUAUACAUAUAUAUUAUCUUUAAAAAAAUCGUUGAAGACAUAGUGUUUAUUCCUCUCUAGCUUACAACACACCAUGCAUAUAGAUACUUAAAAACUGACAACAAUGAUUAAAAACACAUAAAUAUAUAAAACCUAAAAUUUGAAAAAAGAAAUUUUAAAAUCUUAGACGUAUUUUAGGUUCUAUAUAUUUAUGUGUUUUAAUGAUCAUGAUUGUUUUUCUUUAAGUAUCUGUAGUGUGUAAUAGGAAUAGACGUUAUGUCUUUAAAGAAUUUUUGAAAGUUAGCAAACUCUUUCUUUGCUUCGAUAAAUCAACUUUUGUGUGCUAUGCAUAAAAACCAUUGUGCCAUCAACGCCCUAUAGUAACGUCUGUUGUAAUCUCUUUAGUAUACAGGUACCCGAUGACAAUUCGACUGACGGAAAAGGUUUUCACUGAAAAAUAUAAAGAUACUGAAAGUGCUGAAUUCCAGGAAUUAUCAAACGAGCUAACCAACUCUGUAAGUGAUCACUGUCUAAUGCUUCAUAUAUAUGAAAUCUGAAAACGAUCAACAAUAUUUAGAUAUUUCAUCGUAGAUUGGAAUGGUUGUAUUCUUUUGUACGUUUUUUACUAUAAUGCUCAUGCGGCUUUAUUGUCGCUAAACGUAGGCUAUAUAGCAACAUUUUGGAGAAAGUGAUAAUUUUCAACCGAAGGUUAAGAAGACCUAGUGUUGCAUUUUCCCAUUGAUUCUUCACCUGCGUUUUUUAAGUUUUCUAAUUUUCUGGGCGAUAGGCCAUGGCUGAUGGCGGACCCUAACUGCCGGGGCCCUUAGUUUUUGAACUGACCCUACCUAAUGAGGCGUUACGCUACUGAAUACAGCAUUCAUGUAAUUCAACCAAGUGUAGUGCAAUGACAUCUUUCAAAUUCAUGAGACGGCAUUAGCACGCUGAAAACCUUAUGAAAACGUCAUGCGUAAUCCCGAUUUUUUAUAAUUUUGUUAACCAUUUUUUUAUGAUCCUGCAUGUUACAAACAAGAUGCGUUUCUAAUAUAGAAAAUAUUGUUGUAUACGGGAGAAAUCCGUUAUCAUUAACAUGUGCCUUCAUUUCUUCUAUGUUUCCGUUACAGAUCAAUCAGUUAGUAUCAGAUGCACCAUUAAUAUUGUGUCUUCAUUUCUUCUAUGUUUCCCGUUACAGAUCAAUCAGUUAGUAUCAGAUGCAUCUUCGCUGAUCAAUGUCGAGGUGUCGGGAUUCAGGUAAAACGUUAACAACGUUGUUUUCCAUUGUGGUCGCUUUCCCCGUUCAUAGUCUGUAAAAAUAUGAUGGCAAGGAAGCCCGGCUAACUUCAAAGCCACAAAAUAGAAGACCUUUGCUUAAUUUGAACCAUAGUGUUAUUCUUUAAAUCGAUGUCAAAAUAUGACAUUUCGGCGCACUCCUUGCAAUUUCGUGUUAACUCCGUGCAGACAAAAACAAUAUAGCUCAAUAUAGUCCAAUAGCUUAUAGCUCAAAUAUGAACCAAAAUCCGGUUAUAGUUAUAUGCAUGAGCAAUCUCAUGAGGAUUCUAGAUCUUGGUAUGCAUGUGGAAAAUUAUCCGUGGAUUGGAACGGACAAGAAAAUUUUUUGGUGUUAAAGUCAUUAGCUCCAACCCAGAGCUCACAAGAAAAAGAAAAAUUUUCUUGUCCGUUCCAAUCCACGGAUAGUUUUCCUGAGUGGAAAUUAGCCUUAUGAGCAUACUGUAUUUUGGUUCAUAUAUGAGCGUGCUUAUGAGAAUCCCCUGUUUUGGUGUCUCAUAAGCACGCUCAUGCAUUUUGUUAAGGUUUCGUCGUGCUGGCGCUUGCUAACUAUGUUUAUUUUUCCUUUUGUUUUACAGGCCAGGCAGUGUCAUUGUUGAUCUAAUUUUGACAACAAAGGGCAUUUUCCCUCAAGAAUUGUAUGAUACGUUGAAAUUUGCCAUUGAGAGCGGCCAACUGGGGAAUUUAAAAGUUGCACUUGUGCCAGGUAUGUCAACUUUGCUGUACUUCUCUUUUGUAGUUAAGCCGGUUUUCCACUAGGCGGAAUUUUUCUUUGUCUUGUGAUUUCUCGGGUGGAACUAAAUAGAGCUUAAGGUGCAUGCAGUCUAUAAGAAUAAAAAAAAUAAAAUGAAAAAAGUUACGGUAGUCUUACAACAACGAACAAGUUGUUCUAGUGGGCAAGAGAUUUGGUUCGAGUCCUGUAAUAGUCGUUUAUAGAUUUGAAAAGUGUUGUUUAUUACUUAUAGAGGCUAGAAUAAAAAUUAAUGUGAAUAAGUUUUUGUUGGUGUUUAACAACGUGUAA